UAAAUGUUUCAUUAUCUAAAAUGGGAAUGGACAGCAUCCUGCUUUUGGGUAUCUUGGCAACGAUAGUAUUCUCAGAUAUUUUUGCAUCUCAACCAGGACCAUGUCGAAAGUUGGUUCAGACAUAUAACGCAACCACAAUUAAGGGCAAAAUGAUACAUCGAUCGCUUUAUCUGGAUGUUUUUGCAACUAGAAAGUCGAAAGCAAAGCCUCUUAAUUUAUGUAUUCGUGUGAAUUUUCCAAAUUCCAAACAGCAGAACUCUACGGUUAUAGGCACGGAUAAUAAGGAAUUCUUGGUUCUGUACAGGUGUACCUACUUUCCCACUGCAAACAGAAGCUCGGAGUUUGUUAACACUUAUACAAGACUGAAAACCCCGAGUGCAGCCACCUUAUCAAAGAUUUCCGAGGCAUACAAAAAGAAUGGACUUCAAGAAAGCCAAGUUUUGGCCUUGUGCCAGUAAAAUAUGAAAUCAGAAACUAAUUAUAUUUUGUGCAGUCAAAGAAAUGA